GCGAAGAUGAAGUCGGCAAGUGGCUGGCGAGCCUGGAGGAGGAAGAGGAGAGUGAUGAGGCGUCAGAGGUGCCAGAGGAGGCUUCGCCCUCCGAGCCUCCGAUCAUCCCGGAGACCUUCGAGGAGGUGCAGCUCCGCAUGGAGAUUGAGCAGAUGAGAGAGGAGCAGGAGCGGUCCCUGGCGCGUUGCCGCCCCGGCGCGCAGACGUCCAGCCGACAGGCCUCCCGGCCCCGAAAACGCGCACAUGCGCCGGAGAAGCUUUGA